CAGCCAGCGCGGCCUCCACCGAUGCGGCAGCUCCAGCGGCUCCAACUCGAUCCAUUCUAAGUCUACCUACCACCCCCCUCCCCUCCAAAAGCCUCGUUUUCCUCUCACCGCUUCUACCUGUGUUUCGAAGGGAAAAAAAAAAACUUCCCCCCCCGUGCAUCUAUCCUCUCUCACCGCUUCACCGCCCCGCACAACCCCCGACCCCCCAGAGGACCCUGAAGGACCCUGACACCAUCCCAUAUCCAUGGCUCCGUCCCUUGCGUCGCCAAUCACAGCCGACGAGGGGUGCACCCCUACAAUUGCUGCAGGAUGUCACCAGCGUCGAACCGGUUACAUAUCCGGCCGUGUGAUCGUCGAAGGACGGGCGGCGCCCACGUUGUCGCUGGCGAACCAAGAGGACCUCUCGGGCACCAAUUGCUCGCCGCGCUGUCACCCGCCGCCCACCGACGAAGAGAAUUUCCCCGAUCCCGCCAAAACGUGGAAUCCCGAUCCCCGAGUCUACUACUCGCGUCGGCUCCAGCAGCAGCGCGCGCUGCACGCAAGACCUGCAAUCCCGCCGGUACUGCCGCCGCGGUUCCCUGCACGGAUUGACCCCGCUUCCCCGCUCGUCUGGAGUGGCCAGGAUCUCGUCGAGCACGAGUAUCUGCGCUCCCUCAGCGCCGACGACAUCGCCGAGAUCGAACACGCCCUCGAGCACUUCAAAGGUCUCAGUCUGCCCAUCGCCGCCGUAGGACGAAAGACCUUUCCACUCCCCGAGCUUGGCCCGAGGAUCAUCUCGCUCUCGAACAAGCUCUACGGCCAGAACAACGGUCGUGGCUUCUUUAUCCUGCGCGGACUCGACCCGAAAAAAUACAGUGCCAGGGACAAUGUCAUCCUCUACGCUGGGAUUGCUAGUUAUGUGGCCGAGAGACGGGGACGGCAGGAUGAAAAGAACAACUAUCUACUCCACCUCACGGACCUUGGAGCGUCCGUGGCUCCAGACAACGUACGACAAGCACCGUACUCCAAUGUUCCGCAACCCUUCCACACCGACACCGCCGACAUCCUCGCGCUAUACACACUCCGCCCCGCCUUCCGCGGCGGGCGCAGCCUCCUCGCGUCCUCCUCCAAAAUCUACAACUCCCUAGCACCGGCGCACAUCGCCACACUAGCAGCCCCGAACUGGGCCUUCGACAGUUUCGGGCGCACGCCCUCUUACACCCUGCGGCCACUGCUGUACUCCGUUCCCUCCGGCACCACGCGGCGGAUCCAGCUCUCCUUCUCGCGGCGGCCAUUGACGGGCUCACCCGUCUCCCCGCGCACGCCCACAAUCCCGUCGCUGACACCUGCGCAGUCCGCCGCGCUGGACACGGUGCACUUCUGUGGCGUCGCGCACGCGCUCUCUGUCGCCCAACAGCCCGGCGACCUGCUGUUCUGGAAUAAUUUCGCGCUGCUGCAUGCCCGCGAGGGGUUUCAGGAUCGUGAGGAGCCCGAGGAGAGGAGGCAUCUCCUCAGGCUGUGGCUGAGAGAUGAUAAAAGGGCGAGGGAGUGGGGGAAUGUGCCCGAAGAGUUGAUGGCGCCGUGGAGGGACGCGUUUGAGGGCGAGGGCGAGAUGGGCGUGGAGAACUGGCCGGUUGAGCCGGUUAGGGAGUUUGCGUUUGUUACGGAGCAGAGGAGGAGUAGUGGGCAUGCGUAAGGGGCUGCGUUGGUGGGUUGGUUGGGGUUGUGGGGUUGCAGAGUUGUUGGGUUGUUCACUUUUGGCGUUUGUCUGCUGUGUCAUGGCUUGCGUUCUUUUCGUUUCUCACUUUCUACUUACUUGGAAUCUUGCAUCUGGCAUCUUGAGGAUAUCACAAUUUCACAAAAGCUAUGGUGGGUAUCAUGUAUGGCGGCAUCACGCAUAACUAUCAGUCGAAUGUAUGAAAACUGUCUACUCUCCGUUUUUCUUUUUUGGUUCAUGGUGGAUGGAGCAGAGGUCGGAGCUGGAAAAGAUUUGGAGGAGCUGGGAUGACUGGGAGACCAGGACGUGCUCGCGGUUGGAGGUAGUUGAAGGUGGUCGUUUAUGUACCUAAUUGUGAACCUAAUUGACUCUAUCAC